AUGGAAAUUCUUGCUAGGAUUUUGGCUGAGAAAUCUAGGAGCCCUUUGUUCAAAUUCCACUGGAGGUGUGAGAAAACUAAAAUUGUCAACCUUUGUUUUGCUGAUGAUUUGAUGAUCUUCAGCAAAGGGGAUCCUGGUGCUGUUACUCUUAUCAUGCAGGGAUUUGAGGAGUUUAGGGAUCUAUCGGGCCUUACCCCUAAUCCUAGUAAGAGUAAUAUUUUUUUCUCGGGGUGUAGUAGUGCGCUUAAAGAGGAUAUUCUUCAGAUUGCCAAUUUUACUGAGGGCUCCCUCCCGGUGAAAUACCUUGGUGUGCCUCUUAUCACUACCAAGCUUAAAGCAUCUGAUUGUCAUACUCUGGUUGAGAGAAUUACUAUGAGGAUUAAAAGUUGGACCAAUAAACUGCUUUCUUAUGCUGGUAGAGCUCAACUCAUCCAGUCUAUCCUGUUUUCAAUGCUAGUGUAUUGGUCCUCUCUUUUUAUCCUCCCUAAGAAAAUCAUUGGUGACAUUGAGAGUAUCCUUAGAUCUUUUCUUUGGUUUGGGGUUGAGUUGAAAAAACAUAGUGCUAAGAUUGCUUGGAAAUAUAUUUGCAGACAUAAAAAUGAGGGUGGCCUUGGCUUUAAGGACUUGGCAAUCUGGAACAAGGCUGCUACAGCCAAACAUGUUUGGUCCUUGUUUUCUGGUGGGGAUUGUUCUAUGUGCUGCCAAUGGAUUAAGUCUUACUUGCUCAAAGGUUGGAGCUUUGGUCCGUUAAGAUUCCUAGUGAUCCCUCAUGGGUUUGCGCCUAGAAUUUUAUAUGAUACUAAUCUUCCUGAUAGCACCAAGGUUAGCUCUAUAGUCUCUAAUAGUUCUUGGAAGUGGCCUGUUUCUAACUCUUGGGAGAUAAAGGAGUGGAUCUCUUCCACCCCUUUAUCUCUUCUACCUUCCCCUGGCUCUUCUGAUACUCCAGUGUGGAGUUUGACUACUGAUGGUAACUUUUCUAUCCAGUCGGCCUGGGAUUGUUGGAGGGAUAAGGGCCCUCAAGUCUCUUGGUCCAAACUUAUCUGGGGUCCCCCUUCAAUCCCUAGGGUUAGCUUUAUUGCUUGGUUGGCCACAAAUGAGAGACUUAAUACUGGUGAUAGACUUCAAGCAUUUGGUCUUGUUCCUACUCCUUGCUGUCCUUUCUGUCAAGAUCCUGAGGAGAAUCAUACCCAUCUUUUUUUUAGCUGUAUUUUUUCUUCUAGGAUUUGGGGUGGUAUUCUUGCCAAGUGCAAUUCUAAUUGGCCUACUUUGCCUUGGUUGGAAACUGUUGAUUUUGCUGUUAGAUCCACCAGUGGUACUUCCUUGAAAGUGGUGAUUCUGAAAUUGUCAUUUCUUUGCACUGUCUACCACAUUUGGAUGGAGAGGAAUAGUAGAAUCUUCAGUAAGGCCCUUAAGCCUGAAGAGGUUGUUACUAACUCUAUUAUCCAAAUGGUUAGGGGUAGGCUUCUUUCAAUGGAAAAUGUUAAAAUUUCUGCAGGUGAUAAUUGGCUUUUGAAGGAAUGGAAUCUACCUUACAAAAUCAUGCAGCAGCACCAUGCUAUUGCAGAUGGCAGGAGAAUGAGUGGUGUUAUGAUGAAUCCUAAAUCAUCUCCCAAAUUGAAGUGGUCGAAUGGAGGGUUGAGUGUUGUUUUUGGAGCUUUCAAGUAUACUGUCUUUCUGGUUCUUUUGAGGAAUCAUUUACAGGAGGCUGCUACCAGUGUAUUUGUUUUAUGGUGUGGAGGGGUGAUUGCUGCUUGCUGCACAGGUUCAGGAGGCAGUUGGUAG